CCUCAAUUCAUCAUGCUGAUCAAGAUCUCUCCCCCGUAUUAGAGAUAGGAGAGGAACACAUCCGGGAACAAUUUCGGAGUCUUAUUGUGGAAGAAGACCCCGGGUCACGGUGGAUGUUGAGCGUGGUCCAGCGCAUGAUUGUGCAUUCUUAUCACCCCCUUAUUAGAUCUGUAGCAGAGAUUUUGAUAACCCUCAGGAGUUCAAUCGUUACUAUGAGAAAGAGACGAAAAGACAGAGGUCAUCUUUGGACUUAUGAAGAGAUCAUGUUUCUACUUGGGGAAUACCUGACCCUGAAAACCUCAUCCGCGCGAGAAGAUCAGAUACCCCCAAUCCAGACGUUCAGAGCGCGCGGCACGUGGUUUCCGAUGGCAUUUAGAAGGCAGUUCUGGCCCGGUCAAGAGCUUUUGAAGCGCAACGGUCUAACAAAGUGGCUCAAGGCUAUUCCAGGCAAUAUCGACCUUGAAAAGUUUGUGGCGCCGAUCUUUGCAAGAAUGUUCCUCGAAGACAGAACCAUUUUACCACAAGGAUUUUCGAACGCCGAGCUCUUUGCAGCUAUCUAUGGGCCACUAUGUAGAGACGCAUGGCGUCUCGCUGCCCAGCGUGGAGGACUGGGCCCCUCGCCGGUCCCUGCAACGUUUUCUCGAUGCGGUGGCGCUGAGGAUGACCAGCUAUAAUUCAACGUUAGAAGGUGACGCCCAAAACGGCCUCCGUGAAGCUGGGGUGAGAGCCUUGUGUCCCUUGUGUCCCUGGGAUAUGGCGCCUUUUUAUCUACUUUCCGUGUGGCCAUGGGAUUUGUGAGCGGGAUGCAUGGCGCUUCUCGGGAGCUGCCAUUAAUCACUCGUACUGCUCAACUUUGGCUCACUUCCGGGUCUGCCCUGUUUGUGGAGCUCCAGCUAAUCUCAAGAAGCGUCUACGUGCGUUACAGGCUGGAUUUCGGGUGGCAACAAUCGACGGCGGCGGAACAUAUGGGUUCGUGCCACUCGUUGCCUUCCGCGAAAUUGAAAUUGAAGGCCUUCCCAAGGCACUAUUGCCGCACCAUUAUUACGAUUUAAUCGCGUGCACGAGUAGUGGGUCUAUCACAGGCACUGCGUGGGGCAUCAAGCAAUGGUCUUUAUCGUAUUGUAUCGACAUGUUUCUUUCAACUGCUGAGCACGUAUUCGCCAAAAGAGGGGUAUCAGAGCUCGAGUGAAGAGAGUGGUGGCGUCUCUAUCGAGUUGGAGCUCAGUACGAUAUUGACCAACUCUGUCAAGUCUUAAGAGACCAAUUUGGGGACGUUACGUUGCGAGGGAUGCCUCUCGACACUCAAGAGUGUUCCGUACGUGUAGCGAUUCCGACCACAACAUUUGAUUCAAAACUUUGCCUGUACCGUUCUUACGGGGAUUGUCUCUGCGAGGGGAAGUGUAGCGAGCAUAUUGCACGGGACCGGGAAGAUCCCCUUUGUUGGCAAGCAAUUGCAACCAGCUGCGCUGCUCCGCUGAUGUUCGAACCCCCUAAACGAAAAGCUCGACGGUCUUUUUUGUCGCCAACAAUCCGGCCUGGAUUGCGAUGAUGGAAAUUAAUGACCUUUCCCUUCUAGUCACGCGAAUGUUAGACUUCCAUUAUCUUUUCCCAGAAUGGAUCCGGCGAGUGAAGUCUUGUGUCCGCGCCGCUGUGGACGCAGACGCUAUGUAUGAAAAAAUUCUGGAACACCCUCGACAAGGCCGAACAAGAUGGUAAGCAUUAUCGAAUAGAUCCUGAAAUCGCCACGCAGUCACUUGCACCGGACGACCCUACCGCGCUCUCAGAGCUCGAGACAGAAACAAUGCGGUAUAUGGGGCUUCCAGAUACUAAAGCAAAGACGCGACGCCUAAGACUCGCGAUGCUGGCAUCUUGCUUCUUUUGCACUCUACUCUCUCUACCCCGGUACGACCCGGUUUUAGGUCAAUACCGCGUCCGCCUCGCGAUCCAGUCACGGUGGCCCGAAGAUGAUACGAUUUCUCAGUCGCUCCACAGUACAUUGGAGACAGCGUCUUUUGUCGUCGGUGGAAUUGCAUAUCCUUACAAAUCCCCUUUAGCUUGCCUAAACUACGUUGAUAGUCUAGACGUAUCUCUUCAUAUCACGCUUACUCUUGAUGGGAAAGAAUCGCAUCCCAUUAGCGGUUUCCCGUUGACACUAAAACAAAUGAUGUACUUGCAGCUCCCUUUGAGUACAAUGCCAGCUACAUCCCCUAAACGUGGUGGGCCUUGCUUAGUUAGCGGUCGUUUGAAGCGUCGGUGCCUGGAGUGGCCAGUGUUAGGUGAGCCAGGGAAGUCUGCUUGGGUAACUUAGGCGGCAUCCCAUAUCCUACCUCCAGUAUUGACGUUCACCUUCUCUCCUGUGAUUUACCUUAGAUGCCCCAUGCCAUUUUAGUUCCAGUGAGAGAUUGAUAUGCGUCCCACCGCAACCGUUUCUGGCAACCGUGUCCCCUCGCACCCGCCCAAGAUUGAGGUACUUUGGAGAACAACGCCGGAAUAAUCAACCAACUGCUCUCAAUUCGAAAUAAGAUUAUUAUAUCUUUAUUGUACACUGUUCCGAUUUUACCCACAACAAUGUUGAUCUGUUGGCAUUUUUCGUCGCAAGUUGCCUUCCCUUCCCUAUCAAGGUUUCUGUGGCAAAUUAUGCUAAGCUUCAAUGGUACUCAGCCAACCAUUUCUUAAGGUUGCAGUUCUUAAAAAAAUUACUGCCGAUCAAAAUAUAACAGAAAUACACUAUACACUGUUCACGCCCGAAAUAAUUCAUAGUUUGUUCGCAC